CGUUUUUAUCACAUAAAUGGAAGUUGCGAAUUAUAUGCCACAGAGUUAGAUAAAUAGAAUGUAUUGCAGAGGUUGUGUCAGAAAUUAAGGAAUUUUUGGUAGUAAUUUUUUAAUCAGAUAAAUUCGUAGUCUGCAUGUAAAUUACCUGUCCCAAACAAUUUCUUUAAUUUUGAUACCCUAUUCCGGAGUGUUGAUGCAAUUUAUAAUAUCCGGCCCCAUAAGUUUAAUCGAAAAAGUAUACCGUACCCUGAUCCACAGCACAUCCUGUCAAGUAUGGGAGUUCCUCCGGUGGAAUAGAUACAAAACCAUUGUGAAAUAUGAUAUCGAUGAUACUCUGUUCACGUCUCACAAACCACAUUGUAACUCAUCUUAUGUUGUGUCACGACAAAGUCUUUGCCGGGGAAUAGAUCUUGCGAAGAGACAGACAUGUCGCCUCAUAGCGUUUCCGUCAAUGCAAAAAACAUUUUGAUUAUAGCUCUACUUUUGAGCUCCCUUGUUAUUGGUGGUUUAAUUGGAUACGCAAUAAAAACUCGCUCGACAGAAAAAGAUAGAAUUUACACAUCAAGCAAUGCUGAAGAAAAGGAGACUACAAGAUAUCAGCAACACAGAGUAUUGAUCGAUGAAAUGGAUGCAAAGAAUAUCGAAAAGGAUACCAAGUAUUUGUCAAAUUCCCCUCGAAUGUCAGGUUCGCGCAAUGCAGACGUAAUAGCUGAUUAUGUGGCCACCAAAUGGCGUAAUUUUGGUUUGGAGACUGUUAAAAUCCAUAAAUACGACGUGCUUCUAUCGUACCCAGAAAAUCCUGCACAAAUAACCUCAAUCGCAGUUGAUGGCACGGUCUUCAACUUCACAAUCAGGAAUCCUACAACAGGUAGCAAAGCAAAUGGUAUUGUGUCCCCAUUUCAUGCUUAUUCGCCCUCCGGAAAUGUAAGUGGGUAUCUUGUCUAUGCAAAUUAUGGAACAGAACAAGACUUCAAGGAACUAAAUGACAAUGGAGUGAGUGUGACAGGGAAAAUUGUCAUAAUGAGACACGGUUUUCCUUAUCGGGGCCAACAAGUAGAUUAUGCGAGCUUGAAUGGGGCGGUGGGGGUCAUCUUAUUCUCUGACCCUAUGGAGAUGAACCCAAAUGGAAAUGAUGCUACGUACCCAAACGGAUGGGAGUUACCCGAAUCUGGCAUUCAAAUUGGAACAGUAAUAGAAAGACCAGGCGACCCACUUACUAGAGGCUAUCCUUCAAAGCAAGAUUUCUACCGACUAAAUGUCUCCAAGGCUUCACCACUCCCAAGUAUUCCUUCACAACCGGUUGCAUUUAAAGACGCCAAGGUUCUUCUGCAAGCAAUGGAUGGAAAAGACGCAUCAAAACACUUCCAAGGCGCUGGUGGAUUUACAUACAAGCUAAAUUCUUCACUUCUAAUUAGGAUGAACAUUCAAAAUAAGCUGGAGGUGAAAACUCUAAGCGUUAUAUCUGGUGUGAUUUAUGGAAAUGUUGAGCCAGAUAGAUAUGUUUUGAUUGGAAGCCACCGUGACAGUUGGGCGUAUGGCGCGUCAGACGCAUCUGGUGCGCAAGCUACUCUCAUGGAAAUUGCGCGAUGUUUGGGAAAAGCAAGGCUAUCUGGUUGGCGACCACGUAGAAGUAUCAUGUUUUUGAGCUGGGACGGGCACGAGCAUGGGAUGCAUGGUUCCACAGAAUGGGUAGAAGAGCACGCCUCUAUGUUACAGGAACAAGCUGUGGCCUAUUUGAAUAUAGAUGUUGCUGUGGAAGGAAAUUACACGAUCGAUUUAAGAUCUACACCAGAACUUAAUGAUGUUCUCUUUGAUGAAACAAAGACCCUAACUGAACCUGUAUCGAAAAUAAAUUUGUACGAGGACUGGAUUCGAAAAAGCCCAAGUCCAUCUGAAAAAAAUGAACCAAGAACAAUUGUUCUUAUUACUGGAAGUGACUAUAAACCAUUUUACCACACCAUCGGUGUCUCAUCUGUCGAUUUAAAGUAUACAUAUGCAAAGACAAGAGGAACAAAGUACCCAUUUGGAAAUCCAAUGUACCAUUCAACGUACGACACAUUUGAUUGGCUCAAAAAGUUUAUAGAUCCAGAUUUCGGUUACCAUCUUUUGAUUGGAAAGUUGUGGAUGAAAACAACUUUGAAUCUGGCCGAUUCGACGAUUCUGCGAUUCAACCUCACCAGAGCGACUAAUGCAAUCUACAAUUAUGCAGUUGCAUUUAAAAAUAGCCAUGAUGGUUAUAUUAGACCACAAAACAUAUCAUGUGACUUAUUGGUUAAUUCUGCAUGGAACUUGACAUUGGCAGCUAAGGAUUUUGAUGCAAGAGUCAAGAAGGUAAACAAAAAUGAAGAUAUGAAAGUUAGAAUGGUGAAUGAUCGCCUGCAGAAUUUCCAAAGACAGCUUAUCCACCAGACUGGGACCAUGGGAAGAGAUGACUUAAAAAAUGUCGUUUAUUCAACAAGGUGGGAUCUGGUGACCACUAGAACAAGAUUUACUGCUAUUUCUGAGGCUAUCUUCAGAGCAGUGAAUGGCAUUGAUAAGGACUGGGACCAAGUAAAGAGGCAAUUGAUGAUUGCCACAAAUCGUCUUCAAGCGGCCUCACAGUCGUAUAAAACAUCUCAAAUCUGAAUAUAUUGCAAAA